CAGAUAGCUCUCUUCCUGACCGACUUGGAAAUUUCUUAAACUGGAAAUUACUUUCAUUUCAUAGAAGCUUCUAGUUAAACAUUUGUAACUGAAUUUGGUCUUUGGGUCCGGUAUCUUUUUUUCAGUGAUUACGGACAAUACGGCAAACUCUCUUUUCUUCGACGGAGAAUUAGCUGGGUUCUGCGAGUUGUAGAGCCUCAUUUGUGAGGAUUUUAAACAAACAUAUCUGACAGGCACAAUGACUGAUUUCAAGCAGGCUGAAGUUAAGAAUUUUGCCCCUUGGGAUUAUGUUGUUUUUGCUACCCUUUUCAUCAUUUCCUCUGGGAUUGGAGUUUUUUUUGCCAUUAAGGAACGGAAGAAAGCAACUUCAAGAGAGUUUUUAGUUGGUGGUAAGCAAAUGACAAGCGUCCCAGUUGCAUUGUCUCUAACGGCUAGCUUCAUGUCUGCCGUAACUAUCCUGGGGGCCCCCUCAGAAGUGUAUCGUUUUGGGGCCUCUUUCCUCUUGUUUUUUAUAGCAUAUGCCCUUGUCAUCAUUUUCACAUCUGAGCUCUUUCUCCCUGUGUUCUACCAAUCUGGGAUUACAAGCACAUACGAGUAUUUACAAUUGAGAUUUAACAAGCUCGUUCGUUUUGCGGCUACAUUCAUCUACAUAGUGCAAACGGUUCUCUACACAGGUGUGGUGGUUUAUGCUCCAGCUUUGGCUCUUAACCAAGUGACUGGCUUUGACCUCUGGGGAUCUGUGUUUGCUACUGGCAUCGUUUGCACCUUCUAUUGCACUCUGGGAGGACUGAAAGCUGUGGUCUGGACAGAUACAUUUCAAAUGGUUGUCAUGAUAGUGGGCUUCUUAACAGUUCUCAUACAAGGAACUGCUUAUAAUGGUGGGCUUGAGAAUGUAUUGGACAGAUCACGCAAUGGAUCACGGUUAGAAAUUUUUGACUUUGAUGUAGAUCCCUUGAGACGUCAUACCUUUUGGACAAUUUCAAUUGGAGGAACCUUUACCUGGUUAGGGAUCUAUGGUGUUAAUCAGUCUACAAUUCAGAGGUGUAUAUCUUGUAAGACAGAAAGACAAGCUAAAAUUGCCCUUUAUCUUAAUUUGGUAGGUCUCUGGAUAAUUUUGAUCUGUGCAGUCUUUUCAGGCCUCAUUAUGUACUCACACUUUAAGGACUGUGAUCCAUGGACUUCAGGCACUAUUUCAGCACCGGAUCAGCUCAUGCCAUAUUUUGUCAUGGAAAUAUUUGAAUCGAUGCCAGGACUCCCAGGACUGUUUGUGGCUUGUGCCUUCAGCGGAACCCUGAGUACCGUGGCUGCCAGCAUAAAUGCCCUAGCAACUGUGACUUUUGAGGAUUUUGUCAGGACCUGCUUUCCAAACCUCUCGGACAAACUGAGCACCUGGAUCAGUAAAGGCUUAUGUGUAAUAUUUGGCGUGAUCUGUACCACAAUGGCAGUGGCUGCUUCCCUGAUGGGUGGAGUUAUUCAGGCUGCCCUCAGCAUUCAUGGAAUGUGUGGUGGGCCCAUGCUGGGAUUAUUCACUCUGGGAAUUGUAUUUCCCUUUGCAAGCUGGAAGGGUGCGUUUGGUGGCCUCCUGAUCGGAAUCUCCCUGUCAUUUUGGGUGGCCAUCGGAGGAUUUGUGUACCCUGCGCCAGCUUCAAAGUCCCAUCCUUUAGUUUUAUCAACAGACCAAUGCAUUCAAGCUAACGGGACAGGGAUAUUUCUGCCAUUGGCUCCUUCUAUAUCUUCCAACAGACCAUUCUUGGCAGAGACCUGGUAUUCUCUCUCCUAUCUUUACUACAGUGCUGUAGGUUGCCUGGGAUGCAUUGUUUCUGGACUUAUCAUCAGCUUGAUAACAGGCCCUUCAAAGGGCAGAGAUAUUCCGCCUCGGUUAAUUCGACCGGUGGCCAACUUGUUUUGCUUUUGGUCAGAGAGGUACAAGACAGUAUGCUGGUGUGGCGUUCAACAUAACAACAAAACAAUUCAUGAAGACUUGGAAGAUGACCCUUCUUGGAAAACAGGGGCUGAGUCAGCGCUCCAAAACGGACUCCAUUCAGGGGACCAGGCCCAUAUGCCAGGCUACAACCCAAGUGACAAAAGCUACACCAAUAUGGAACCUGACAAAGAAACCCAUUUCUAGGUACCAGAAUACACUCCACAAGAAGCAAACUGGCUUGCUUUUGGUUUUGAGUAAACAGAAUUUUCUCUGGCUAAGUGGUUGGAAGGACUUUAGACCAUUGCUUGACAUCAAUUUGUUUAAAAUGUAUUUAUGUUCAUUUAUGGAUCCUGAUGGGUUAGGCCGGAUGGUUUCUGGUGUCGUCAUGCUUUGAGAAGGCACUCUGCUCUUCAUAGAGUUCCUUCAAGCACCCAGCCAUUUCAGUAACAAAUAAAAGAUUAGCUCAUAGUU